CAUAAAGGUAAUAAUGUAGUUUUGUGUACUUGAAGAUAAUCAGAAGAAAACCAUUUCAAUUCCCUUCAAAAACCGCUUACAACCAAAUUUCUAUCCAACCCGCUUGCUUUUUGAGAUAGUAGAUAGACACUAAAGUAAGCUUCUUUUACCAUGGCCGUAUAGGCUUAUAUUAAAGCAUCCCCACCAUCUGUUCUCUAUUCUUUUGCACCCACAAAAAAAGACCCAAAGCCAUUCACCUGAACUUAGAAAGGCAAGUCACGCUCCAUCCUCUCUCUCUCUCUCUCUCUCUCUCUCACAUGGUCAGGCAUCAUACAUAAAUCUAUACAAAGAGAGAAAAAAUUAAAAAGAUGAUUCAAGAACUCCUAGGAGGUGUUGCUGCUGGCUUGAAUUUUGGAGGUGAGAGGAAAAUCUCCAUCACUGGAAGCAUUUUGGAAGGAACCCCUACUUCUUCUCCAUCACCAUCUCAUUCUUCUUCCACAACUUCAUCAACAACUACAACUACUAACUCUACAACUUCAGCAAAUACGGAGAACCAGAAUUUGAGGUGCCCCAGGUGUGAUUCCUCCAACACAAAGUUCUGUUACUACAACAACUACAAUCUCACUCAGCCUCGUCACUUUUGCAAGACUUGUCGUCGGUAUUGGACGAAAGGAGGUGCGCUUAGGAACGUUCCUAUUGGAGGUGGAUGCAGGAAAAACAAAAACACUACUGUUUCAACAUCUGUGGGAAAAUCAAGUGCUGCUAAGAUGAAAACAGUAGUAUCUGAAAUUGGAAGGUCUGGCCUUGGAGAUGGGUUUGAUCAUGAGCUUCAAUCUAGUCCAAUUCUUUGGGCUUCACCUCAGAGUUCUCAUCUUCUAGCCUUUUUGAGAACUACACAAAACCCUAACCCUAACACAAUAUUUUCUACUAAUUCUGUUAGUAUUAAGGAUGAGGUGAGCCUGCUUGGAUCACAUGGGAUAAAUGAACCAGCCGUUGCAACUGGUGCACUAAAUGCUCGAACCCUAGGCUUAGAUUCUCUUAGCAGCCAGGUUCCUUCUCUUGGACUUUGCAGCCCUUUCUGGAAAAACAAUCAACACCAAGUUCAACAGCAACAACAGAAUAAUGGGUCGUUCCUACUAGGUGAAGUUCAAAACACAGGAUUUCAAGCACUGUAUCAAAGGCUCAAAUCAUCAUCAAGUUAUUGCUCUGAUAGCUCAGCAGUUGUUCUGAGCAAUGUGGCUUCUUCAUCUUCUUCAUCCAUUUUGGAGUCAGCUCCUGUCGCUGGAGGACAAUUGGGUUACUGGAAUCCAACAUUUUCAUCAUCAUGGUCUGAUCUUCCAGCAACUAAUGGUGCAUAUCCUUAAAGAACCCUUUCUUUUUCUCACUUUUUUUAUAUGCUAAUGUUGUCGCUUCUUCUGUUGGCUAGCUGUAUAUGCCUUCUGGUAUAUGAAUAUGGCUGUAGGGGUAGCACCAGGU